GUCGCGUGCUGCGGUGUGUGUGUAUGCGCGUGUGUGCGUGUGUGUGUAUCCCUCCGUGGAUCGUUAGCGCGCGCGCGGAUUCGUUGCCGAUGCGGGUCGCCGAGGGUGUGCACGAGUUGGAGGGAACCGGAACCGGGAGCGCGAGAGGAGAUCAACCGGGGGGAGCUCGAGACUAGAACCGAAAGCCCGAGAACCGGGCGGACAUGGAGUCGGAGCUCGCGGAGGACGGCUUGCUCGCGGGCUUGCGGUGGAGCAGCCGGGGCGCGCGGGAGCAGGCCCAGCUCAGACAGAAGAUCCGGGACCUGCCCGGGCUGCUCAAACACGGGCUGCACCUGAGGAAGAACAGCCAGUCACCUGAUACUAUCCCUGGCCCCAGCAGCGGACCCGCUGUACAGAAGUCUUGCUCCCAGAGUUUUCCAUGUGCAGGGCGGGUUGUCAGGAAUGCUUUCCUCUCUCAUGGACCGUACCCAGCUAAAGACAAGAUACACCUGGCAAGGAUCAUUCGGCGCAGUUAUGUGGGCGUGGAGCUGGUGCAGUGGCUCUGUGAGCAGUGUGGUUACGUGCGCUGUCGAACCACUGCCGUGCGUGUCUGGCAAGUGCUGCUGGAGCUUGGAAUCCUGCUGUCUGUGGACCAGCGUGUGGUGUUUUCAGACUCGAACUCCUAUUACCAGUUCAGCUUUGAGGAGUGUGACUCAGCCUCGUGCGAGUUUCGCUCCAACGAUGGAGAGUGGCCAGAGGCCGUCAGACUCCUCCUACAGCUCGCCCCAUAUGUCCAGUUCCGCUCGGGGGGUGGGGCCAACAGCCCGUCGGACGAGGACUCUGAGGGGAACAGAGACAUCUGCAGCGAGAUCCUACAAAUGAAGGCCCUUGAAAGGCUCACAUCCACGGUACAAAGUGAGCUGGCAGCUGCCCUCGCCCGCAAGACUCGCAAGGCUUUAUCAGAGCAGGACUCUGAGACCACAGAGACAACCCAUCAAGAGCCUUGCACGCCCAGCGAGGAAAGCAGCCCGCUGGCCAGCGUGUGCGCCCUGCGGGACGGCGGCGGGGUGGGUAUGGGGAGCGUGUGCGGCCGCGAGGACCUCACAAGCCGGCUGGGACUGGAGGCGGUGCAGAGGCUUGCCAAGGACGGGUGUCGGCUCCUGCAGAACCACAACUACCGGCUGCCCGACAGGACUCCAGCUGAGGUAGUGGGGAGGGUGUGUUUGAAGGAGCGAGGGCGGGACGUGCUGGUGCUGCAGAGAGUGACAUCAUCUGUGACAUCACCGUCAGACAGACCGUCCCCCACUUCAUCGGGAGGCGGAGCCAGAGAGGAAGACAGCAACAAGAGGUACGUGGUUGUGUCGGGGACACCGCUGAAGAUCCUGGAGCACCUACUGAGCGACCUGCGACUGGACGACCAGAGAGGGGCGCCGGAAAGCAGGGAAAGCGAGAUGCUGCUGGAUGACUUCCUGUUGACCUACCUGGUGUUCAUGUCAACCAGUGACCUCUGCCAGGCACUGCUGGGGCACUACAGCAGUGCACGGUGCAGGGGUCAGGAGGAGGGUAAGGACGCCCUCUUCAGGAAGCGUAAGGUACUGCAGCUGGUCUCCCACUGGAGCAGACUCUACAAGGACUUCCUCAAAGAGGAGGAAAAUGUCAAGAGCUUUAUGAAGACCUUGUACAGAUGUGUGUUAGAGGACCUCUAUGAGUUUCCCACUCUGGAGAAAGACCUCAAGGAGUUCCAGAAGCUUCUGCGCCGCAGACAUACAGUGGAUGACUGCCCCCCAACCCAAAAGAGCAAGCAGCUCUAUCAGCAGCUUAGUUUGAAGGAGAACUGUCUGCACUUCAGAAGUCCACAGAGUGAGAUGAGAGAAGUUAUUUGUCAAGUGCAUGUGAGUGCGGACUCAUACCUGAGCGUUCACACACACCCCUCACUAGAGGCCCACGAGCUGCUGAGGAUUGUGGGUCUAAAGUUGGACAGGGCAGAUGGGGACAUGGUGCUUGCUGUGGUUUCCAAUACCGGAGAGCGGAGGAUGCUGCAGCCCAGCGACUGUGUGUACUCAGAGUCCCUGACCCCACAGGGCAAGCUCAUGGCCUGUCGUAGGGACCUCACUGAGAUCAUGCCUCCUCUGACAGACAGUGCUGAACUGAGCAGGAGGCCUGUGCGUCUCCUGGGUAUGAACACCUGGGACGUUGCGGCGGCUCUCACACACCUGGACUGGAGUCUCUUCAACUCCAUCCAUGAGCAGGAGCUGGCGUACUACACUCUUAGCCGUGCUCCCAUCGCUGGCCACACAGCGGCCCUGUCAGUGCUGCUGCAGCGCUGCAACGAAGUGCAGCAGUGGGUCAUGUCCGAAGUGCUCAUGUGUGUGUCGCUAAAUAAGAGGGUGCAGUUGCUCAAGAAGUUCAUCAAGAUUGCAGCACACUGUAAGUCUCAGCGGAAUUUAAAUACUGCCUUUGCUAUCAUCAUGGGCCUCAACACGGCGGCUGUCAGCAGACUCAACCAAACCUGGGAGAAAUGUCCAGGGAAGUUCAAGAAGCUCUUCUCAGAGCUGGAGCUUAUCACGGACCCUUCUCUAAACCACAAAGCUUACAGAGAGGCCUUCAAACGCAUGAAGCCUCCCAAGAUCCCUUUCAUGCCACUUCUGCUAAAAGAUAUCACCUUCAUCCAUGAGGGAAACAAGACCUUUCACGACAACCUGGUCAACUUUGAGAAGCUGCACAUGAUCGCAGACACCGUGCGCCUCAUUCGCCACUGCCAAAGUGAUCAACAAGGAAACGAGGUAACCGGUGGCGACAGCGCCGAGGUGAGAGCAAGCGUUCACUACCUGCACAUCAUCGACAAUCAGCAGACGCUUUUCGAGCUCUCGCACAAACUGGAGCCACGCGCCUAAACACAAACACACAGAUAGCUACACACACACACACACACACACACACACACACACACACACACACAUACACACCUAACACAUGUAAUAGCUCUGUGGAAAUACCAGCACUUAGUGUAAUGUGACGCAGAGGACGCUAUGUGGUGCAAAAUAUGUCUCACACACACACACACACACUACAAGAAGAACCACACUACCAGCACUGGUGCCAAGUGGACAAUAAGGUGCCAAGUAUUCCUCCAAACCCCGGAGGAACAGGAAGACAUGGAGCUGCACUCUGCCUCAGCCACAGCAGGAAAACAACUGCUCAUAAAGGCACUGUAACACUGAACAAACACAAACACACACUCCGCCAACUGUUCACGGCAAGAGAAUCUGCACUGCAACAGGGAGAUUUGCCAAACUGAGGAGAGGGGUCGGGGAGACUGUAACUAGUUUGUACAGUAUCCAAUGGACUGAAUGUGCUAUUGUUUUUGUCCCUGUGUUGACCGUUUGGUUUUUCUCUUUGUGUAUUUAUGAGCCGGUUCCACAGGUGGGACGGUCCUUUAAUUGUGUUGAUGUUCACAAUGCUUUGUGGAGGUCAGUUGGGACCUAACAGCAUCUUCCUCACUCCAGCUAAAAGGAAGAUUAUCUGGAGAGGAAUUGGGUUUGGUUAUGUCCUGAUAUAACGGCUGUAGCCACAACCUUGAUCAUGAUUUAUUUUGCUUGCAUAUUUCAAGUGAACAGAUUUGCGUCAUGGUAUAAUCAUGCUUCACACCGUGGUCAUUUUUGUAUUUGACAUGCUGCUCUCCUUGGUUAUUGUGCAGUGGCAUGCAUAUGCAACACAGGCUGUUAACCAACGUCUGAUAAGAAACACCUGUAUGCAACUAUAUAGGCAUAUGAGACAAGCAUUGUGAUGUGCUUGUACAAACCAGUUUUGAUGUUUGAAACACUGGGCUUUCCUGAAUGUGCCAUAGUUCAAAAAGCUGUACUGUAUCAUACCGAAAUGCUAUUGGUCCUCAUUUGUUUUCACCUCUGUUUCCAGAUUGUCCUUUCAGAGCUCCAGCUGAUUCUGUGCCAAAGCCAUGCACUUCUCUUUGUGGACUACUAUGAUUGUGUACCGAUAGAUAUCGAUAAAUUUGGUAUCGGUACCUAUUCAGUACCGAUAUGUCACUGGUGCCAAACGCUGUGUUGCAGUGAGCUGAGUGUGCAGUAUAGGUAGAAUGGGCCAUGCAGCAUGGAUAUAAAGCUCUGGGUUGUAAAGAGCGCUGUCUUAAUUCUGACUGGCAGAUGCGAUUAAAUCGUCAAAAGCCAAACGUCAAAAAAGGACCUCUGGUUUUUAACGGUGUACAAUAUAUCUGACUCCUUGCAGGGAUGCCUUCAAACAUCCUGAUGACUGAUUUCAGGGCAUGGAUGAUGGUACCCUUUCAAACGCCAUCCUCCCUGGGUUGCUAUGGAAACGCAGGCCCACCAUUGUGUUAUUAUUUUUUUCUUUUGCUGUUUGUUUUUCAUUCCCUGAGGGAUACUGUACCAAGACGAGACAAACCGCUGCACCAUGAAGCUCUGUUCAGAGAUGGUUCUGUCACACACUGCAAAAAAUCUGACUGAAAAAAAAUCAUUUCUUUCAGAAGUGGUCUGGUGUAAAUGCUCAGCUGCAACAAAGAUUUCUGCAAACAAUCUGAAAGCCUCACUUAUGACGGACCUUAUUUUAUGUCAGCAUUAAUUUGUCCUGUGACUUUGCAUGCAUAACCAGUCACUGUAGUGUUAUGCUUCUGCUGAGGUAUGCACCAUCUAAUGGGAGUUUGUAUCAUCAUCAUCUCUUGUAUUGUCUGGAUUCCCAUAAUAGAUGUCUUGUGGUCGGCAGUCAAUAGCACAGAAAAAUUGUGGUGUGGUACAAUGGAAGGGUCAGCCCCAAGCCUCCAAGAACAGGAACGCUGAUGUAGAUUGUUGUCACCUGCAAGCUAUGACUGGUCACAUGUUAAAGUGGAGCAGGAGCUGGGAUUCCCAAAGUAUUUUAAUACCUUGCCCAUCCUCUUGUCAUUGGAAGGCCACAGUCGAUUAGCAGAUGUUGAAGUAAAAAUCCACCCUUUAAACAUAACUCCAGUGUUACUCGCAUGAUUGUGAGCCAACUUGUACUAGACUCGUGUACAUGAACAACUGUCUCCUAAAGGAAGACUCUGCUCUUAUGAUCCACAGAUAAGGGGCAGGUGUGUGGGACACUGUCACAGGUGCCCAGAUCAAGUUUGGAACCGUAAGCACAGCUAUAAAAUCAGCAAAAUUGGGUAUAAAAGUUCAAACAUUUCCGUGACUUCAGCGAUUCGUUCACUGUCCAUGCAGCAGCUCUAAGACGUGUUGCCGGAGAUCAUCACACAUUCGACUCCUGGUUUUCUUUGACUGCUGCAUUCAUCGUUACGGAUGUUUGAGCUGGUUGUGCAGGACUGUAAUGAUAAUGUGAAUGAUGUGCUUUAGAGUGGAUUUCCUUUUCAAGAUGAUUUUGAGAAACUUUUCUGUGCUCAGUGAUUCUUGAUAAGCUUCUCCGCAUCUAAAGGGAGGCCUUUUGGUAAGAGUCUGUGCAUACACUCUGUCAUAAAGAGGUCUGACGGCAGUUGUUUUUACACUUGUCGAUAGUACACACUGCUCACUAUGGGCAAAAACAUAGAUGUGCUACUAGUUAUUUAUUGUGAUAUGUUGUUUAUUUAUGUGUAGCCGAGAUGGAAAGACGACUUGGUUGUUGUGCUGUUUUUUGUUUGGUUUUUUUUGGGGGGGGGGGGGCGAUUUACAGGAAAACGAACCUGUUGUUACAUGCUGUGGCCAGUAGAGGGCAGUAGAGGACAGCAAGCCUGGUAUUGAAUGGGGUAAUAGACAGGAGGAAACAGACCAGGCGAAAGGAAAGAGACUAAAUUUAGUGUUUUAAUUGCCAUUGUCAUGAUUAUGUUAGCUUUUUUUUUUAAAAUACGUUGUUUAAAAUCUUUUUGCAUGAUGCGAAAAAUAAAAACCACAAGCUCACAAUGCAAGAGAGGACACCUUGAAGGCUUUUUACUAUUGUAAUAUUGUCAAUGUGUAAAUAUAUGCCUAUGUUUUGGGAUGUUGUUAGUAUUUAACUGUUGUAAAAGAAACACCCAAGUCUGACGCAAAGCAAUACGUCCACCCCUGUGUUCCUACAACCCUUCCAACAGCUGAAGCCACAUGUCUUUUCUAAAGCAGCAUUUUACAAUGUCAAAGUUUUACUGAAAAUGAAUAAAUUACAGGUUUUAUGUGAAAUA